AUGAUCUGGCUCCUCGUUGCCGCCGGCGGCGCUGCCGGUUCAGUAUUGCGAUUAGCCGCGGGACGGGUUGCCGUUCACUUCCUUGGAUCCGGCACGGUAUGGGGAACUUUCUUCGUAAAUGUAACCGGUUCCUUCUUACUGGGCUUCUUUCUUGCCUAUGCUCUCCAGAGAAAUAAUAUUUCCGCCGAUAUUAGGGCGAUGGUUGCUGUUGGGGUUCUGGGAGGAUACACAACCUUCUCCACCCUCAGCUACGACACUGUUCGCCUGUUGGAAUCGGGCGAGCUAACGCGGGCAGGCUUGUACAUUGGCGCCAAUCUAUUGAUUGGAUUGGGAGCAGCAUAUCUGGGCAUUCUCUCGGGACGGGCGGUGUAG